AUUAAAUAUAGACAAAAACAAAAACUAAUUACACAGUUUAGCUGUAAAUCACGAGACGAAUCUUUUGAUCCUAGUUAGUAUAUGAUUGGAUAAUAUUUGUCACAAACAAACAAAAGUGCUACAGUACUUAAAAGUUUUUCACUUUUCGGAACAAGGCAUUCCCAUGUCGUAGUCGCAGGACAGUUCUGUCCCAAAAAAAGUCAACGUCACUAGGUCACCGUGAAUGGUGAAGGCAAGUGAAUUGACACGAGCAGUUGGCCAAGCCACUGGCGACCACACGACUGAGCACAGCCUCGUGAUCACGCCAUGGACGCCGCUGUGGCGCCGCUCCUCGUCCUCGGCGUCACCGUCGCCAUCCUGCUCUCCACGGGCCUCCGGUGCCGCGCGGGCCACCGCAACCACUGCCCCUACCCGAACCCCGUGCUUGGCAACGUGGUGCCCUUUGUCCGCAACUUCCACCGCUUCCUCGACUGGGCCACGGACCAGCUCGCUGCCGCCCCGACCUCCACCAUCGAGGUGCGCGGAGCGCUCGGCCUCGGCAACGGCGUCGCCACCGCGGACCCGGGCGUCGUCGACCACCUGCUGCGCGCCGGGUUCCCCAACUAUGUCAAGGGCGCGCGCUUCGCGGGGCCCUUCGCCGACCUCCUCGGCAGCGGCAUCUUCCUCGCGGACGGCCGCCUGUGGAGCCUCCAGCGCAAACUCGCGUCCUACUCCUUCUCGUCCCGCUCGCUGCGCCGCUUCUCGGGGCGCGUCCUCCGCGCCCACCUGCACCGCCGGCUCCUGCCCCUCCUCGCGGCCGCGGCCGACUCCGGCGAGGCCGUUGACCUGCAGGACGUGCUCAAGCGCUUCGCCUUCGACAACAUCUGCGGCGUCGCGUUUGGGGUCGAGGCCUCGACGCUGCUCGAUCUCGGGGAGGAGGACGGCGGGGGCAGGGGACGUCGCCGCCGGCACGAUGCCUUCUUCAAGGCUUUUGACGACGCCGUCGAGAUCUCAUUCGCGCGCAUGCUCCACCCGACCGCCGUCGUGUGGAAGGCGAUGCGGCUCGCUGGCGUCGGAAGCGAGAGGCGGCUCCGCGAGGCCAUCUGCGUCGUAGACGAGCACGUCACGGAGAUCAUGGAGUCGGAGGAGCGGUCGCGCCGAGACGGCAACGGGCAGCACCUGCUGUCGCGGUUCGCGGUGGCGAUGGAGGAAGACGAGGGGAGCGAGCUCGGCGCAAUGUUCCAGUCGCCGGAGGCGAAGCGCCGGUUCCUGCGGGACAUCGUCGUCAGUUUCGUGCUCGCCGGGAAGGACUCUACGUCCUCCGCGCUCACAUGGUUCUUCUGGCUCCUCGCCGCCAACCCGCUCUGCGAACGGCGCGUGUACGAGGAGGCGUCGUCGCUCUCGGACCUCCACGGACACGGAGACGACGACCACGGCGUCGACGACGAAGGCGGCUACGACGAGCUCAGGGGGAUGCACUACCUGCACGCUGCGAUCACCGAGGCGAUGCGGCUGUACCCGCCGGUGCCCAUCAACUCGAAGGUAGCGGCCGCGGGGGAGGUGCUGCCGGACGGCACGACGGUUCGCGCCGGUUGGUUCUCGGACUACUGCGCGUACGCUAUGGGGAGGAUGCCGCGGCUGUGGGGCGACGACUGCCGCGAGUUCCGCCCCGAGCGGUGGCUCGACGGCGGCGGCGAGUUCGUGGCGGUGGACGCGGCGAGGUACCCGGUCUUCCACGCCGGCCCGAGGGCGUGCCUCGGGAAGGAGAUGGCGUACGUGCAGAUGAAAACCGUUGUGGCUGCCGUGGUCCGGAGGUUCGCCGUGGAGCCGGUGCGGGCGGCGAGCAUGGAGGCGCCUCCGCCGUACGAGAUGGCGGUGACGCUGAGGAUGAAAGGCGGGCUGCCUGUGCGGAUAAGGAGGCGGGAGAGCGACGCGGGCCGGCACUGAUCACGACAGGAAGCCCAAUCACUCCAGCGGCAACUUCAGUUGGGCCAUCGGUGUCAAGACUUAGGAGCCCAGAGUUGAAAGAAACUGAGAGAGAGCAAGAAGCAGAAGCACAUCGCAAAUCGCAAUGGUUAGUCAAGGAGAUAGAGAUUUGAAAGAGACAACUUCCUGGAUGUUCUUGUAAAAUAUUCCCUCCAUAAUUGAUGAUACAAUUCUUUCUAGAAUUUUUCGAGGAGUAACAGUUUUAAAUUUGAUUAAAUCUGUAAAAAAUAUUAACAUCUA